ACACACGUCUUCUCCCAGUGCAUCGGAGAGGUCAAUAGGCUGUCGGCGGUUGACGAUCGACGAUCAUUGAAAGAUGAUUAUCGACAAAGUCCAUAAGACUCUCCGUGUCAUACAGGAGAAUGGAGGUUGGCUGAACUCGCUCCUGAAGCUGUAUCGAUACGAUACCCUCAAGUCAGGAAGAUUGGUCGGGACAGACGAUUACGGGAACCGCUACUACGAGAAUAAGGAGUACUUCAUGGGAAGAGAUCGUUGGGUCGAAUACGCUGAUAAGGUCCGCUUAGAUUACGAUGGAUCCCAGAUCCCUGCCGAGUGGUACGGAUGGAUGCACCAUAAAACCGAUAUACCCCCCACUCUGAGACCCCCUCCGAAAUACAAAUGGCUUGCACAACAUACCGAAAACAUGACAGGAACUUCCCGGCAGUACGUUCCGUACGAUACCGUGCCGCCGAAAAUUCAACCCUGGAUACCCGGCAAGAAAUAGAAAGUCUUCAAUUAGCGGCGAUAUGGCCUAGUCUCGCAUAUGUUGUUGAUAAAGAAUAAAACACAGAAGCUUCAGAUGUUUGUAAAAAUCCUACGACACCAUGGCGCAGUCGUUCAUUAACACAACUCGAUUCAGGAUUACGUUUCGUAUGUACAUGCGUCAGGGAAAAAUCGUGAUGCUGGAGUUCUCUCCCGAAAACGAGUCGGAGAGCUCGGCACAGUAUAGAAAAAUAUAAU